AUAUCAUACUCAUUAGAAAAAAGAAAAAGGAAAAAGAAAAACAAUUACUACCCUCUUCCUUCUCUUGUAAGUAUUUAUCCGCCGCCUCGUUGUGUACGCAGUACACUACACCAAAACUUGAUCCCUCUAGUUGAUUUAACAGCUAUGCCAGAACCUCAGAAAAAUACUUCACCACCAAUGCCACUUUCUACUACACCGCCACCGUCAAAAAAGAAGCGAAGCCUCCCUGGAAUGCCAGAUCCAGAUGCUGAAGUAAUCGCUUUAUCACCCAAAACUUUACUAGCAACGAACCGUUUCAUAUGCGAGAUCUGCAACAAAGGAUUCCAACGGGAACAGAAUCUCCAACUUCACCGGCGAGGACAUAACAUGCCGUGGAAGCUCCGGCAGCGAGCGAACGACGAAAUCCUCCGUAAGAAAGUGUACGUUUGUCCUGAGCUUUCCUGCGUCCACCACAAUCCUUCAAGAGCACUCGGUGACCUCACAGGAGUGAAAAAGCACUUUUGUAGAAAGCAUGGUGAGAAGAAAUGGAAAUGUGAACGUUGUUCUAAAAAAUACGCUGCGAAAUGUGAUUUGAAAGUUCAUAUGAAGAGCUGUGGAACUAGAGAGUAUAAAUGUGAUUGUGGCACAGUGUUUUCUAGGAAGGAUAAUUUUGUUACGCACAGAAGGUUCUGCGAUGGAAUGGUGAAUGAGAGUAAUAAUAAUAAUAAUAAUGUUGUUGUUGUGGUUUCUACUUCUUCUUCUUCACCGGCUACGCCACCACUCACUCCAUCAACAAUAUCAUCAGUAAUGGUCUCUCCUACUUUGUCGUCUACUCAGUGCUCAGACAUUGCAGAAAACCAAACAAGGCUGUCACCGUCUUCAAACGCUUCUACUUCUACUAGCUUUUGUUCUUCUUUCAGCAGUCUCAUGUCAAGCUUGCCUCACUCAGAUAUCCCCACAUCUUUCUCUAUCACAGAACCCACAACCCUCUCACUUUUCACACCACUCUAUCUCUCCAAUAACAACAACAAUGAUCACCCUUUUCCCCAUUACAAUACUGCAUCUCCACAACCUGUAUUAUCUGCUACUGCAUUACUCCAAAAAGCUGCUCAAGUGGGUUCAUCUUCAUCCAAUGCAUCUUUGCUUCGUGCUUUAGGCUUGAAAGACAACAGUGUCAGUAUUAGCAGUACCACAACAGAUCAAUGGAAUAGCCAUGGUCAUGUAAAACAAGAGAAUGAGCCCGUGGCAGAUUACCUUGGGCUUGGACUUCCCUGCGGGAAUGAGUUGAGGGGCUCAUCGAACCAGCCCAUGACCCGUGAUCUUCUUGGUCUUAGCAUGGGAUUGGGUAGAGAGGAUGAUGAUCUUUCUGCUUUGCUCACAUCUUUUGGAGGGAACUUGGAUUAACCCGCAUAGACAAGAGUUUUAGAAAACUGGAGACAACUAGUUGUAGUGGCCCACCCGAGGAAUUUUUUGUUUUGCUUUUGGGACUGGUAAAUCAAUUACCAACUCUCUUUUUUUUGGAGGGAAAUGACCAAGUCUCUUGUUCUAUAUCUUUGGAAUAACUUGAGUUCGCAAGUAAAUGAUAUUGAUUUGAUUGUAAAAACUACUUUUUGAAUAUUUAUAUGCAUAUAUAUAUGUCUUUCAACACAAA